UUUACCUAUUUCCAGUCUUUUGUGAAUACUUCUUUCUUAUAAAAUUACUUUCUUAAUAAUUUUUUUUAUAAAAAAUUGUGAUACAUAUAUUUAAAAUAUGGCAUCCUUAGCUAUUAGAGUGAAAAGUAAAAACGGUCAGCAGUUAUUAAAAGACUUGACCUCUGAAAGUACUGUGGGUGAACUAAAAAUGUAUCUUUCUAGUGUAACGAAUGUAAGUUGUGAGAGAAUAAGCGUCUUAUUAGGGUAUCCACCCAAACCUUUAGAUAUUAGUAACGAUGAGAAAAAAUUAAGUGAGAUUGGUUUAAAAUCCGGCGAGACCUUGAUAAUUGAGGAGAAAUCUGUGCCAGCUACUGAAACUUCGACUCAAGCAAUAAAUAAAAAACCAGUUGAAAAUGGAAUAGCGCCACAUGAACCGAAUGAUCCUUGCAGACCCGGAAUUCUUAUGAAGAAAGUAGUUCCUUCAGAUAACUCUUGCCUCUUCACUAGUAUAGGAUUUGUAUUGAAUGGAAAUGUUGAUACAACUGUACAUACCCUCAUGCGUCAGAUAAUAGGUAUGGAAGUAGCUGGUGACCAAGAAACUUAUAAUGAGGCUAUGCUUGGUAAACCUAAUGCUGAAUAUUGUGCUUGGAUCCAACAGCCAAGCUCCUGGGGGGGUGCUAUUGAGGUAGCAAUAUUGUCUAGAUUUUAUGGCAUAGAAAUGGCAGUUGUAGACACCUUAAAUGCAAUUAUCAAUAGAUUUGGAGAGGACAAGAAUUAUGGACAACGAGUGUUUCUACUGUUUGAUGGUGUCCACUAUGACCCAUUGUAUUUAGAACAAUCAGAUGGUGGAAUUCAAACUGUAUUUCCAGCUGAAGAUAUGGAUAUCUACAAAGAAGCUGAACAACUAGCAAAAGAAGCCAAAUCUUCGAGACAGUUUACAGACCUAAACAAAUUCACUUUAAAGUGUAUGAUUUGUCAGAAGCUCCUAACUGGACAAGUCGAAGCACAGAAACAUGCUAAGGAGACAAUGCAUACUAAUUUUGGAGAAGUCUAGCAUACAAGGAGCAAGCCAAAGGGCAUACUAACAUCACUUACUAAAAUCCUAGAUAAAUUCUUUUUGGCUCAUUAUUAGGCUACAGCUGUUUGAAAAGUACAUUACAAAAGCUUCAUUUUGUUACGCAUCAGUUUGUUUAUUUUAAUAAUAACGAUUUAUUUUUACUUAUGACCAUUGAUUAAUUUAAGCAUUAUAUAUAGUAAAGUUGUUUUAUUUUUUAGCUAAAUAAUUUAAUUUUGAGACUGAUACACAAAUGAAUUGUAUGAAGAAUAACUGUAAGUAUCAAUACUGACACAAGUACUGCCAUUAACAUUUUAAAUUCACCAAGUGCUUAUAUAGUAGAACAGUAACUAUAAUAAAAUAUCAUGUUUGUAGAAUCUUUAAAGCUGGGUACCCACCAUAUAUAUAGAA